AUGUUUGACGACCAAGACUUGGGUUUCAUCACCAACUGCCUGGGCAUCUUCAUCUUUGUGUUGGUCAUCGCGUACCACUUUGUGAUGGCGGACCCGAAGUACGAGAACUGA